ACACACACAACUACACAAGUGUCUUUAUAACAAUGACACUCUCUGUAACACCAACUUCCCAACCAAACACUUCAACUUCCUUCUCAAAACCCAACUUCAACCCAACUUUCUCACAUGCCACCACCCCAACCUUACCCUUCAACAAGUCCCAACUCGCUUGGGAUCGCCUCAGGACUGACUCACUGGAAUGCAACUCACCCCGACUUGGUCACAAGUGGACCCAAUACCAAGGAAUCAACCACUGGGAAGGCUUGUUAGACCCUCUUGACGACAACCUACGCGCCGAAAUCCUAAGAUACGGCCACUUCGUAGAAUCCGCUUAUCGCGCUUUCGAUUUCGACACCAAUUCCCAGACCUACGCCACGUGUCGCUUCCCUGAAGCAUCACUCUUGGCUCAGACCGGAAUGCGAAAAUCCGGUUAUAGAGUAACCAGAAACUUACACGCCACAUGCGGCGUUCAAUUACCCAAUUGGGUUUCUUCUGUGUCGCAACUGCCACGUGCUCGAUCCAGUUGGAUUGGUUACGUAGCAGUCUGUGAAGACGAGAAGGAAAUUAAGCGCCUGGGAAGACGUGACGUGGUGAUCGCUCUUCGGGGAACCGCCACGUGUCUGGAAUGGUUGGAAAAUCUUCGUGUUACCUUGACAAAAUUGCCCAACCAUAUGGGUUGUGGAAGCGACGAUUGCAUGGUGGAGAACGGUUUUUUGAGUCUCUACGUCUCCAAAACGAGCGCAUGUCCCAGUUUGCAAGACAUGGUUCGGGAAGAGGUUGCGAGAGUGAUCCAGUCUUACGGCCACGAGCCACUUAGCAUAAGUAUAACCGGUCACAGCCUCGGAGCUGCACUCGCGAUUCUGAGCGCGUACGAUAUAACCUCUACGUUCAAAAAUUCGCCAAUGGUGUCUGUGGUUUCCUUCGGUGGGCCCCGGGUCGGUAACGAUAAGUUCAGGGCCCAGUUGGAAAAGAGUGGAACCCGAAUACUUAGAAUUGUGAACUCCGAUGAUGUAAUCACAAAAGUUCCUGGACUUGUGGUUCCGGAUGCUGACAUGGCAUGCAGUGGCCAUGUCCACGUAGCGGGUUUGCAGAGUUGGUUCCGUAAGGUUGUUCAGGACAUGCAGUUGGUAUACGCUGACGUUGGACAAGAGUUAAGAGUGAGUAGCAGGGAAUCAGCGUAUCUGAAGAAAGGAGAUGUAGCCACGUGUCAUGAUCUUAAGACUUAUCUUCACUUGGUUAAUGGUUUUGUUAGUUCUUCCUGUCCGUACAUGAGCAAAACGACGCAGUAUCAGGCGGAAGCUUCACUGUGAUUUUUAUUUUUGUUAUCAUGUGUAUAAUUCUCACAAGAUUAGUCUAUUUUACCUGUGCAUAAUUAAGACUAAUGCGAUA